AUUGUAUCUUUCUUCAGAAUAGUUUGUUUCAACGAAAAAAUUAAAGGAAACAAAAAUAACGUAUAAAAAUGUCGGCAAUUGCGGUAAUUGGAAAGUUCCUUCAAGAAUAUACGAAAACUACUCCGAAAAAGCUCAAAAUUAUUGAUGCUUAUUUACUGUAUGUGUUUUUGACGGGUGUCAUACAAUUUGUGUAUUGCUGUCUUGUUGGCACUUUUCCAUUCAAUAGUUUUCUAAGUGGUUUUAUAUCUUGUGUCUCUUGUUUCAUAUUAGGAGUUUGUCUUCGAUUACAAGUAAAUCCACAAAACAAAAGUCAAUUUUAUGGAAUAAGCCCGGAGAGAGGAUUUGCUGACUUUAUAUUUGCCCAUAUUAUACUUCAUAUCAUCGUAAUGAACUUCAUUGGUUGAAAGAAAUAUUUUUUUCUCAAUAGUUUAUAUCAAUUUAAUCGGAAUUAAUGAUCAGGAAUAUAUUAACGAAGAAAAUCGCACUUUUAUAUAUUAAAAACAUAAAUGUAAAGAAUAAUAAAUCAUUUUGAUUCGUUCUAA